AUGGACCCCGCAAUGGCGCAGCGCGUGGCGCAGCUUUGGCUUGCGCUUUUGGCGCUGGGGCUGUCAGAGGACAUCAUGCCCAACGUGGUCUGCAGCUACAAGAAGAUGCAGAACAAGGCCUUCUCAGGGCUCACGGUCUGGAUGAAGUUCCCCUCGGAGGCUGAGGCCAAGACCUUCUGCGACGAGAACGAGGCCUGCGACGGAUACCACCUGCAUCCCGCCACCAAGCUGUGGUACGUGCACCCCAUCGAGUCGUCGGAGCUGGUGGAGGACGAGGUGACUCAGGGCUUCGUGGCCUACAAGAAGCGGGCGCCUGGCAACGCGAGCCUCCGCGCCUCGGAGGAGCGGCCGGAGGUGGAAUCGCAACCCGACAAGCCUGAGGAGACGUUGAAGCCAAUGUCUCAGGUGGCGAGCGACGCGCAGAUCUACAACGAUCGCACCACUGGGCUGCUGGGCUGCCCCUUGACUGUGCCCAAGUACUCCCAGCGCCUCAAGGGCCAGUCCGAGAGCCCUCCGCCCGAGCGGCGCCGGCGCAGCCCCCGCCCCGCGCCGCAGAAGGACUUUGACAGGGCCUGGGAGAAGUGCCAUAAAGAUCUCUAUGAGGACGCCUUCGCACGGCAACAGCGCCUGAAAGACAUGCAGUCCUAUGUGAAGCAGAUGGAGGACACCUUGCGAGAGCGCAAGCAGAGGCGCCGCUACUACCGCGGCAACGUGGACGGGCGGUCGCACCUGGAGCGCGAGGAGGAGAACCUGCGGAGGCGACAGGAGCACCAGAUGAGGUGCCUGGAAGAGCAGAGGAUGAAAGAGCUGGAUGAGUUGCGAGGCUGCACCUUCCGGCCCAACCUCGUCAAGAAGCUGAACUCAUCUCCCACCACGCCGCGCAGACCCGGCUCACCCUCGCGAAAGAUGAGUUCCUUCCUGGACGACUUGGCCAUGAGCGUCGGCAGCUACAGCUCCGAGUCGGCCAUGGCCAAGCUGCAGGGCCUGGUGGAGGCGCAGCGCAUGGCGCACUCCAAACUCCAGGGCCUGAUGCAGGAGGAAGGCCCCUUGAAGGAUCGGCUUCGAACCUUGCACGGGGAGCUGCACGAGCGCAUCCAGCGGGAAGAGACCAACCGGGUGGUCAACAUGCUCCAGGACGCCGAUGCCGGCUCCAGCUCCCAGAAGAAUCUGGUGCAGCGGGUGAGGCAGAUGGUGGCCUUGGGCCGGGAUCCGGAGACGGCCCAGCAGCAGAUCGUGGAGGAGCUGGUGCUGCAGAGCCAGGACGAGGUGCGGCGCCGGGUGCUGGAGCACUUCGGGCCCUUGCGCAUGGAGGCAGAGGGCGAGCUCUACAGUCGACAGCUGGCUGUGGCUCACGAGUUGGAGGCGGUGGAGGCCAAGGCCAUGGCCUUGCGCGGCGGAACGUUGUGCGAGGAGGUGCGACUUGGCCGUGCGAUCGCAUGCGCAUGCGCCUGCUGGCGCGCCUGA